AUGUCAAAUAAAGUACCAGCACCAGAUAGUCUAAAAUCAUCCAUUUCAUCAUCGUCUGCACCACCACCAUCAACAAAUAAUGAAAUGGAGUUUCCAUCCAUGGAGAAUCAAAAAAGCUUGUCGUCAAUGUCACCACCUCAAGCACCACAACCAGGGUCAUUAAUAGUUGAUGAAAACGAAUUAAAUAUUGAAAAUGAACAAAUCAAAGAAGUGAUAACGAAAAAAAAACUAUACUCCGAUCAAGUACCAAAAUAUGAUGAUACACAACUUGCUCAUGAUAAACCUUGGCUAUUAUCAAUGGCUUUACAUGAUCCAUCAACAACAUUUUUAAUCAAGUUCUGUAUGUAA